GAAGCAGCAUUGUAGGCCAUUUUUCAGAGAAUUAGCUCUCUAAAACGAAAGGGAAAUUACUUCAUUGUAUGCCUUGAAGAUGGUGCCGCAUGGGUUCAGGUUCAAUCCAACUGAUGAAGAGCUCAUCCAAUUCCUAGACAGAAAAGCUUCUGGCCAAGAAAUGCCACUUCAUUUCAUUCUCGAAACAAAUGUUUACGAGCGUGAACCACAGGAUCUUGAAUGGAAUCAAACCACGCCUUUAAGCAACGGUGAGAGAUACUACUAUUGUACGAGGGAGAUAAACUAUUCGAGGGAAGUACUCGGUCGAGGAUGGUGGAAAGCUACGAGCCAUGUCAAGAAAAUACAUGCUAAUAAUGAUGAUCAACUUCUUGUUGGGAACAAGAGGCCUUUAACAUUCCAUAGGUUCAAGGACAAUGAAAGAAAUCGCAAUAAUGCCGUCAAGACUAAUUGGAUUAUGUAUGAAUACAGCCUUGAAUCAAGAACCACGUUAUGGAAGCUGUGCAAGAUUAAGCACAAGGGGAAACCAAGCGUGCAAGAAGAGAUGGAGAGUAUGAGGGAACAAUAUUCAUCGAGGAAUGAUUUCGAAGCAGGUAGUUCGACCAAUUUUGUUGGUGGGCAACAGCAACAGGAGCAGACCAUACUGCCUACAAAUUAUGAAGGAUAUGAUCAACAUCAAUCCUAUUAUCAAUGGAACAAUAUGCAGCAGUUACCACCAUCCCCAUAUGAUCCUUAUCUACCGGCACCACCGAGUACAAGUAGUGGUCACUAUUAUGUGGAGCAGCAAGAGAAGUUAGAGCCCAGUGAUGAGCACCCAUUUCCUAGUCUUUGGUCUUGGACGAACUAGGAUUUUGUUGCUUCUAAAUAUCCAGGUUGCUAUGAAUGUAAAGAAAGAAUUGCUUAUGCAUGUUUUGGUAUAAGGAAGGAUGUCUCGUUGCCUUUCUGUUACUGUAGUCAUUAUCGCGCGCUAUGUUAGAAAUAAAUACGGUUGUCUCGAGUAAUUGUAAUAUGAUGAUUGUUCAGUACUUGUUUAUCCUCCAUCUUGGUCCCCUCAUUCACUACGUUGUACUU